GGGCGGAGCCUACAGCGGCUGAAGCCGCGGCAGUGGCGCGGGCCGCGACCCAGACAUCUGGGACUGUUGUUGUUUUCGCGGCGGGACUGCCUCAGUCAGUUCCCCCAGAAACCGGGAGCUGGUCUGGUCGGUAGCGGACGGCGGUAUUCCCUAGUCUGGCGCUUCCCCGAAGCUGCGGCCAGAGCUGGAGCAAAUACCCGGCGGUUGGUCUCCGAUGCCCUUCAGUGAAGAGGGGGUGUCUGGAUCCUGGUGAGCGCACCUCAGGUACCCCCAACUCGGUGUCUUCGCCAGCCUCCCAGGCCUGCGCACCCCAAUUUGGCUGCCAUGGCUGAAAACGCAGAGGGGGACCUGAAUUCCAACCUGCUUCACGCCCCCUAUCACACUGGGGACCCUCAGCUAGACAAAGCUAUCGGACAGUGGCUCCGCUGGGAUAAGAAUCCCAAAACGAAAGAGCAAAUUGAAAAUCUGUUACGGAAUGGAAUGAACAAGGAACUACGAGAUCGUCUUUGCUGUCGAAUGACUUUCGGGACUGCAGGACUUCGUUCUGCCAUGGGGGCAGGGUUUUGCUAUAUUAAUGACCUUACAGUAAUACAGUCAACACAGGGGGUGUACAAAUACCUUGAGAGAUGUUUCUCAGACUUCAAGCAGAGAGGCUUUGUUGUUGGAUAUGACACCCGGGGUCAAGUAACUAGCAGUUGCAGCAGCCAGAGGCUUGCUAAGCUCACUGCUGCAGUCUUGCUGGCUAAAGAAGUUCCUGUGUAUCUUUUUUCAAGAUAUGUUCCUACACCUUUUGUGCCAUAUGCAGUCAAGGAGCUCAAAGCAGUUGCAGGAGUGAUGAUUACUGCAUCUCAUAACCGCAAGGAAGACAAUGGAUACAAGGUUUAUUGGGAAACUGGUGCGCAAAUCACAUCUCCACAUGAUAAGGAAAUUCUGAAAUGUAUAGAAGAAUGUGUGGAGCCCUGGAAUGGCUCCUGGAAUGAUAAUCUAGUGGAUACCAGCCCACUGAAGAAAGACCCUCUGCAGGACAUUUGCAAGAGAUACAUGGAAGAUUUGAAAAAGAUCUGUUUUCACAGGGUAUUAAACUCAAAGACUACCUUGAAAUUUGUUCAUACCUCUUUUCAUGGGGUUGGACAUGACUACGUGCAGUUGGCUUUUCAAGUAUUUGGUUUUAAGCCUCCAAUUCCAGUACCAGAACAAAAAGAUCCUGAUCCAGACUUCUCUACCGUUAAAUGCCCAAAUCCUGAAGAAGGAGAAUCUGUGCUGGAACUUUCUCUGAGACUGGCAGAGAAAGAAAAUGCUCGGAUUGUGCUAGCCACAGAUCCUGACGCAGACAGACUGGCAGUGGCAGAACUGCAGGAAAAUGGACAUUGGAAAGUUUUCACAGGCAAUGAAUUGGCAGCUUUGUUUGGAUGGUGGAUGUUUGAUUGCUGGAAGAAAAAGGAAUCAAGAAAUGCUGAUAUGAAGGAUGUUUAUAUGUUAGCCACCACAGUCUCUUCUAAAAUUUUGAAGGCAAUUGCACUUAAAGAAGGAUUUCAUUUUGAAGAAACACUACCAGGUUUUAAGUGGAUUGGAAGUAGGAUAAAAUAUCUCCUGGAAAGUGGGAAAGAAGUCCUUUUUGCAUUUGAAGAGUCUAUUGGCUUUCUGUGUGGAACUUCAGUUUUGGAUAAAGAUGGGGUGAGUGCAGCUGUUGUUGUGGCUGAGAUGGCAUCUUACCUUGAAACCAUGAACAUAACAUUGAAACAGCAACUGAUAAAGGUUUAUGAAAAAUAUGGUUAUCAUAUCACAAAAACUUCAUAUUUCUUGUGUUAUGAUCCACCUACCAUCAAAAGUAUAUUUGAAAGACUUCGCAAUUUUGAUGCUCCAAAAGAAUAUCCAAAAUUCUGUGGGACGUUUGCUGUGCUGCAUGUACGGGACAUUACCACUGGAUAUGACAGCAGCCAGCCUAAUAAGAAAUCAGUGCUGCCUGUGAGUAAAAACAGUCAAAUGAUUACAUUUACUUUUCAAAAUGGCUGUGUUGCUACUCUUCGGACAAGUGGGACAGAACCAAAGAUAAAGUAUUAUGCAGAGAUGUGCGCAUCACCUGACCAGAGUAACAUUGCCUUACUGGAAGAAGAACUGAAGGAACUCAUUGAAGCUCUGAUUGAGAAUUUUCUGGAGCCCAGUAAGAAUGGACUGAUCUGGCGUUCUGUUUAGGUGCACUCUAGUACAUCAUUAUUUUGUACCGGCACAGGUCAACAGAACAACCAAGAACUCUAUGCGUUGAACCUCCUGUUAGUGUUCUCUCUCUCUCAUCUGGUCAAGUAACUUUUUCCUUUUUUUUUUUUCCUUUCUUUUUGGUCAGCUGACUAAACCUACUAUAUAAAUUUGAAAUGAAAUGGUGUAGAGAGAAAUGAUUCAAAUUUUUUCAUACUCUGGAACAAAAGUCAUUACAUUAAAAGUAUUACAAUAACGUCACUCUUCCUUUAACAGAAAUAUAACAAUACAGAAGUUAGUUUUCUUUAUUAAAGUCUGAAUAAGCUUAGUUCUGUAUUCUUGUAAUUGUGUAUAACACUUUAAAUAAAAGAAGUUAAAUGUUAUAUAAUUGUAGCGUUAGUGAAGGAAAUUAAUCUAUAAAAUUAGUGAGAAAAUGGCACUGCUUCCAAUUCACUAUGGUAAAGUGUCAUUGUUAGAUCACAGGUUUUAAUGUACAAAGUUGAAUAUUUAAAAUAGAGUAUUUAGAAUUUCUAGUUUAGACAGAUGUUACAAUAUGUGGUUUCAGCACCUCUGUUUCAAGUGCUCUUGGUGCCGUAUGUAUGUAUGUGUUUAAAAUUCUAAUGUUUACUGAACAUAAAACAAUAGUGGCAACAUUCCUAGUGGCUUCGUUCUUGUCAAAAUUCUCAGUGCCUUCCCAUCAUCUGGUAUGAACUGAAACAGUGUCCCUGAAUUGAAUAUAAUUUAAUCAGUUCAUUUUCAGCCAGUUAAGGAAAAUCUUCCAAACUGUGUAGGUGCUUCCCCUCUAUAUCAAAUGGGUUUGCUGGUUUAAAAAUCUUAUUAAUGUAAAUAAAGAUCUUAUAAAAGUAGGUUUAAUGUAACAGUAGUUAGGGAUCUUUGUAUUAGAAUUGUCAGAUUUCGUAACCUUUAAGAACAGAAAAAAUCUGAACUGAGAAAUGAGCUCUGAAUUUAUUUAGAAGUCUAACUUUUGAAUUGCAUGUUUAAGUAGAUUUUUUCCUUUAUCUGAUGAAGUAAUGAAAAUUUUACUAAAAAAUAAAACAUCCAGUGUUUAAGUAUUAUGAAAUAGGUAAAACUACAUGUUUUAAAACUGAGGUCAAGGUUAUUCUAACAUCUUGCUGGUUUCUGUGGAAUUUCUGAAUCACAUGACUACUGUUUAUCUAUUUUAAUGUGGAAGAUACUUUUUUGGAAGAUCACUGUUGGUUGAUUCUUAGUCUUCUCAAAAAGACUUAUUAGAGAAGUGCUGUUUAAUCUUCUUGAAGUGUAUUCUGUCCUAUAGCUCACAGCAUACUUACACACAUGCACUAUACUUAAGAAGCAACAGUAACAAGACCUUUGAUGUAAUCAAACUAAAUGAAUUGUCUAUAGGAGAUAGCACUGGUAUUAGAGAAUUUAUUUCCUAAAAACAUUAUUUAAUAUUAAGUUUGAAUUGAUUAGAAUGCUCGCUAAAUCGUGGUUUGGUUUGCUGCGGCUGUCAACUAAUAUUUGGUUGAGUUCAUAUAAUCCAAAUAUAGUUUUCAAAUUAUUGUAUUGCCACUAUUGUUAAUUUGUUCCUUCUAAACUUUCUUAUAGCUGGAUCUUGUAUGACUAUAGAUAAUAGACAGCUAGCUAAAUGUAGAGCACCAUUUUCUGAAUGAGUUUGUUUUCAAAGGCUUUUCCCUAAAGAAGAAAUGCAUAGAAUUUUUUGGUUUAUUUGCUUUUAAGAAUGUAUAUUAUAAUUUAGGAAAUGGCUUGUAUUCUACAAAGUGGUGUGAACAAUGCUAUAUAUAGGAAAAAUAUGUAUAUUUGUUUUUAGUAUCUGUAUUUCAUUAACUGCAGAACAGAAUGGAGUGAAAAUAAUAGAACCGCCCAUUCACAAUCACUGAAGCCAUGUCAUGAUUUUCAUUCUAUUAGGAAUAGUUUUUUGAGUGCUGUAACAUAAAGCAACAUUUGAGUCAUCUUAAUUGAGGUGAAAAGCUUGGAUUCUUAUUUCAAAAAUUUUAAAUUACAAAGUUAAUAUUAACAAAAUUUUACAGAUGUCUCCGAAGUGUAGAGAUUGAGGGAAUUACUUGAUUCCAGCCAAUCAUUUGAGUCUGUCUGAGCAUGAUACUUAACAUGAACUUGACAUAGUAGGUGCACACUUGUCUAACAACUAAAUUUAGUGAUGACCCACGCCAGCCAGGAGAGACAUAAGUGCUGGCCGGUAAAUAGAACCCUCAGGCCCUGCCUUGUUUAUCCUUUCCUUUCAUGAACAAUAUCCUUUUCUUUCUCACUGAGUGUGUAGCUCAAAACUGGGAUUUUUUUAGAGCUUUGGGGAAAGGAAAGUAUUAAUGGGACAAUAUCAAGCAUAAAUUGGAAAUGAACAGUAGAAAUAAACAGUAGAAAGGUCAAUAUGGCAGCGCAGAAAAUGCUUUUUAUGAAGGGCAAACCUAUCACCCAAAAAAUAGGGGAUAAACUGACUGUGUGCAAGUCAUUGACUUGUGUUUAUUUGUUAUGAUAUGCAAAUAGUGAACCCAUUGUUCCCCUUUAUUAGCGAUCAUUAAAAACAGGCCAAGUUUUAGGAGGUGAAAAAAGUAUUGCUACCAUAUUGUGUUUUAGGAUCAAUGAAAACUCGGGAAAGGAUAUAGCAAAAAUAAAAAGGAAUAAACUAUAGAUGGGAAAAUAAAACCUUUGAGCAAAAGCUCAAGGAAUCAAAAUCAUUCAAUUCUGAAGAGGAAAAAGCUGUUGAGAUAGUAUAAUGAGUCUUAAAUUAUUAAUUGAAGCUUUUGUUGAAGGACUCAGUAAGAAGGAAUAUGGUAAACUUCCAUUUCCAGUGAGAGCAGAACAAGGGAAUAUGGAUGUUAAAUAAAGGGCGGGGGGGUGGGGGCAGCAUGAAAAGAUUAAGAAUUAAGAACUUGGACAAGAAUUGUCACAGAGUCUCUUAUUUGAAAUCUUUUUUUAUUUUUACGAGAAUAAAAUUUUUAAAUAUUAAGGGAUAUACUAAAUGGAUUUUUAAGGUUCCUUCUAAUACUUUUUUUAAAACUCAGGUUUGAACAAAGAUAAUGUCAUAAAGAGCACUGAAAAUAACAUUUGGGUUUCACUACAUAUCUAGAAGAAUUUAGCACACAAAAUGUUUUUUUUGUUUGUUGUUUGUUUUGUAUUUUGAGUAGUCAAUGUAUGCGUGCAAUGAAUAAAGACCUACUUGGAUGUUAUUUUUAAUUUAACACGGCAAAUUAAGUGAGACUUGAACGUGAUUUUGUUUGUCGUGAAGAAUGUAUAGCAUUAUAAGACAUUCGGAGUUUCUGUUUUAAAUAUUAUUAUUUGGAUGUAGUAACUUCAGCAGACAGAGAGGCUCUGGGAAAUUGGAUACUUUGGAAUAUCCUGAUAGAGGAAAUUGACCUUCCAUUUCUUAAGCAGGUUGCUUCUGGAAUUGAUAUAACAAAGAUAUUAGCUGGAGUUUAAUGGAUAAAUUGUUCUGUGAACUGCUGCUAUUGAUAUUCCUUUCUGAUGUUUUCCAUUGAUGUUUGUGAUGCUUGAAACAAUCCAAAUUCCGUUUGGAUAAAUUUUAUUUUAUGCCUUUUUUUCUCUACCUCCUUCUUUUCCUAGGCAUCCCCCCACAUUUUUGUUACUGUGAAAAGCUAUUGUCCUGUUACCUCACUGAUAAGAAAUCUUAACUGUAUUCAUUUGGAAUGCUUUAAACUUAUACAUAAACUUUGUUUGUUUAUGGACUGUUGAUUAUUUUGUUAUUUUUGUCAGGAUAUUUAAGACUUAUUGUAAGAAGUAAUUUUCAAAUCUAUUUCAUAACCUGUUUUCAUCUGUCUGGAUAGUACUAUAUGUUAAUUUAUCAUUGCCUUUUACAAUUCACUUAUUUUCUGAGAUUUUUCUAGAAACUGAUGAGGAAACAAUUAACUGAAAUGAAUGGUCAAUUGAUCUAGCAUUUUAUUUCAGGUUUCCUUGUACUUUGGGCAUCCAAAGGACAAGAUUUGAGGAAAUCUUUUCCCAUUUUUACUGAAAGCAUCUUACUGUAAGCCAUAAAAAAAUCUAAAGAGAAUCACUCAAUGUCUGACUCUACACAGCAUGUCUUUAGUUCUAGUUGGAAACAAAGUUAAGGGAGAGUCUUUAAUGUUGACUGUUGCUUACUUAAAAAUAUUUCCCAUUCGUUAUAUUCAUUGUCAUCUUCCUUCUUCCCUGUUAAUUCAAGACUAUGUACUUAAAAGAGAGAACCUACAAGGAUGGGUAAGAUGUCCAAUUUUGGGGGAAGUAACAUAUCUAAAGUUUACUGCUCAAAUUUCUCCACCACAUAACCCUAAAGAAGAGGAGUAUGAAUGGGGGGAGGGGAACCUGAGAGCAAAAGCAGAAGCCCUGCCCUCUAACAGAAAAUUUCAUGGGUUACCUUAAAUAUGUAGGCGAAUUUUGCAUUCUCCAUGAUAAAACUUUUUCAUAUAAAAAUGAUCCCUUCCAAUCCUCACUAAACCUGGUGCUGCCUAAAUAAGCACCAAGUUCAUUAUGUGGCCUCUAUGUUUUCCUUCAGGUUGACCUCUCUUCCAUUUCCUGUAUACCCCUGAGAGUACACAAACUGACUCUACUAUGAGAAAUACAAACAUAGAGCACAUCUAGGAUAUUCCCUGCUCUUUAAGAGCUUCCAUUCUAAAGUAUAAUGCCAAAUUAAACUGACCCGCAACAAUUAUGUUACCAUCGAACCUUAUAAUAGUCUGAGAUGUCGGCCAGUUGGUUCUCUUCAAUGCUUUGGCAUUCCUUGACUAAGAAAGAAUUCCUGACUAUCAGCCCCCUGAGAGCAGGGAUUGUGGUUUAUUAUUGUUCAUAUGCACACUACCUAGUUCAGUACCUGAUAGAGAGUGCUUCAUUGGUGAUAAUGGGAAUUAAGGAAUUUUAUUUUGAAGAAGCAAAUUGUUUAGGAAGCUGUUACUCAAAAACAGUCUAAUUUUCUAAUUCAGUUUUUAAAAGAAUGACUCUCAGUACUGAAAUUCAUUAUAUGAUGUUUAUUAAGCACACGCACAUCCUUAAAUAAUCAGUUUCGUUGGAGAAAGCAGAGCAUAUUUCUAUUUGGCAAUUAUAUAUAAUGCCUAAUAUUUUACACUAAAAGCAAGGUGUUGACCAAGAAGACUAGGAAACAGUGUCUAUGAAGAAGACUUAAUAUCACCAGUAUAAGUGCCAUUUUGAGGCUACUAGUACAACCUUCAAAGUUAGUCAUAACUAAUUUGAUACUAUUUGGUUUAUUUUUGUCCAAGUUUUGGGUUUUAUGGUGUACAAGAUCCACUCAAGCAAGAGUCUGCACCUUACAUGGUAAGGCCUUCUUGUUUUAGUCUAGAAUAAACUUUGUAUCCUUCAAUGAGUAUGCCAGAUAAAAUAUAAGCAGUUAAGAGUGAAUUGUUUUUCUGGCUAAGUGCGUAGCAGUAGUUAAGAAUUGUGCCCUUAUUUUAACAAUUUCUGUCAAUGUCUUAUUUUUCUUUACGAAAACACAAGGGUGUAUUAUAAGUAUGCCUGUGAGAAUUUCCACUUAAAGUAUUUGUUUGUGAAUAUCUUGUGGUUUUAGCCAAAUGAAGUAUUAUCAGUAAUAAACAGGUCUCCAUAGGCA